AUACCUGCAAGAAGCGGUCGACACAACGUCCAAUGAUUUGAACGGCUCUUAGUUUUCGGCUAAUACCGUGACCCAGAGGUUGUUAUAUAAAAAAAAAAAGUGCGUCGGGUGAAGAAGACAUGAAGUUACGGUUUAAAAUGCUUCACGCUCGUGUCCUGAGACCGCUGCGAUCGAUGAAACGAUUUCAAAGUGGAGUAAAAACGGUGCAGGAUAUCAAACCCUUCACGGACAUUCCGGGGCCAAGAUCUUUCCCUGUAAUUGGAACCCUGUAUCACUAUUUUCCGUGUCUUGGAAAAUACAAUUUUGAGAAACUCCACGAAAAUGGUGCAAAGAAGUUGAAGCAGUACGGUCCGCUGGUUCGGGAAGAGAUUAUGCCGGGAGUCAACAUCCUUUGGGUCUUUCGUCCUGAAGAUAUAGAGGAAAUAUUUCGCGUGGAGAGUCGCGAACGAGGCUUGUAUCCGAAACGAAGGAGUCACCUUGCGUUGGAGAAGUACCGCACCGACAGACCUGCCAUUUACAAUACUGGUGGCCUCCUGCCCACCAAUGGAUCAGACUGGUGGAGGAUUCGACGGGAAUUUCAAAAGGGUCUGAGUAAGCCUCAAAAUGUUCGAAGUUAUUUGGAAGAGUCAGACAAGGUGAUCGGCGAAUUUAUACGGCUCAGUAUGCAAGAGAAGCAUGAAGAUUUUCUACCUCUGCUGUCGAGAUUGUACUUGGAAUUGACUUGUCUCGUGGCCUUUGACGUUAGACUGCACAGCUUUUCCCCGGAUGAAUUGCACACCGAUUCGCGAAGUUCGAGAUUAAUAGACGCGGCCAAUUCCACGAAUACUACUAUUUUGAAGUUGGACAACGGGCCGCAGCUGUGGAGGUUCUUCGACACGCCGAUGUACCGGAAAUUGUGCAAGGCCCAAAGCUUCAUGGAGGAAGUGGCUGUGGACAUGGUAAGGAGGAAAAUUGAAUCGAUGAAACAGAAGAGCUCAUCAACCGAGAAGCAAUCACUGCUCGAAAUGUACCUGAGCAAUCCGAACAUCGACGAGAAGGAUGUGAUCGGUAUGGCGUGCGACAUGCUCCUUGCAGGAAUCGACACGCUGGCGAAUAGCACGUCCUUUGUCCUUUAUCAUCUGGCAAACAACCCCGAAGUUCAAGAAAAGCUCCAUAGAGAAUCGGUCAGCUUGUUGGCGACGACGGAUAAACCGAUCGAUGCUGCUGUGCUGAACAACGCCACUUACACGAAGGCAGUGAUCAAGGAGACAUUCAGGAUGAACCCGAUUUCCGUUGGUGUUGGCAGGAUUUUGCAAACGGAUGCAGUUCUCAACGGGUAUCACGUGCCGGAAGGUACCGUUAUUGUGACCCAGAACCAAGUGAUAUGCAAACUUGAGGAAAAUUUCGACGAUCCGAACGAAUUCAAACCUGAACGAUGGAUUCGGGAGGGUGGCGGGUCCUCAGAUCCUCCUUACAACCCCUUUUUGGUUCUUCCGUUUGGCCACGGUGCUCGAUCAUGUAUCGCGAGGCGUUUGGCCGAGCAAAAUAUUCAGAUACUCUUGUUGCGGAUCUGCCGGGACUUGAAGUUCUCUUGGGAAGGAAAACUGUUGGACUGCGUUUCCCUACUCGUCAACGUACCCAACGUGCCAAUAAAACUGAACUUUAGCCGUAGGAAAUGAAGUUUAUUCGGUGUGGGAAAAUCAUAUCUUGUAACUGAUCUUCGUGUAUUUUCGUUCAAUAAUUGAACAAAAAAUCUUUCGCAUAUUAUGCCAGAGUAUA